AUGUUUUAUGAACACUUAAAAUAAGUAUUUUGUUAGAGAUAGAAAAAAAAGGAAAGUGUUGACUAAAUUAGUAAAAUAGUGGCAGAUCUUAAGUUUUUUAAAGAGAAAAGAGAAAUAUUUGACAGCAUUUUGUAUUAUCAAAUGUUGAAAAAGUUAAAUUUAAUAGAAACAAAAUAAGAAGAUGUUUUAUUUCAUUAUGGAUCUAAUAACGUUGAGUUGUUUUAUAUUAUAAUGUAGGGAAAAGUUGCGAUCUUAUGCCCGAAAAAUAGAAUGAUAAGUCAUAAAUAGAUUUUGGAUGAGUAUCAUUAAAGUGAUGUUUAAGGGAGUCCAAAAUCUUCAAAUGACUCGUUGAAAGAUAUUAUCAUAUAAUAGGCAUAUUCAAACUUUUUGGGAAUGAAGAACUUAAAACAGUUUGAUUAAGAUGCAAUUAUAGAUGAAUAUAAUCAUAAUCCAAACAACUUUUAAGUUGAUAAAGCAUUGGAUCAAUUAAUUAAAAAGAGAUUUCCCAGUUUGAAGAUUGUAAAUAUGUGUCAAUAAGGUGAUCAAUUUGGAGAAAUAGCAUUAAUAGGGCAUGUAAGAAGAACAGCAACAGUUCUAUGUGUGACUGAUUGUUUACUCUUAACACUAACAAAUAAUGACUUUUAAAAUAUUCUAUAACAAUAUCAUUAAUAAGUAAGAAAUGAAAAGAUUUAAUUGUUGAGAAAUUAUUCACUGUUUAGAUAAUUAUCUGAUGGUAAAUUAAAAGGAAUGAUCGAACACAUUAUAGUAUAAAAGUUUUCUAUUUUUUCAGUGAUAUAUUAUGAAAACUCAAUACCAGAAUAUAUUUACUUCAUAAAGUCAGGAGAAGUUGAAUUGCUAAAGGUAGUCAAUAAGAAUAAGCAAAUAUCAAUUUCUCUUUUGCAAGUGGGUUGUGUAUUUGGACAUUAAGAUAUUGGACACUAAUAAUUUCGAUAGUACAGAGCCAUUUCAAAGUCAUGCUAAUGUGAAUUAUACAUGAUUCCUGUCAAUAUAGUCUUAUAAUUUGAUUAAUAAAACGAGAAUAAUCAAGCAGAGAAAGAGUUUCAUUAAUCUAGAUUAAAGAGAUUGUUGAGUGAUCGUAUGUCUCUUCAUGAUAGGAAAAAACAAAAUGUGUCUCCGUAAUCAAUUGAGGAAAGAUACAAGGGAGACAAAGAUUAUGAAUCUUUUCUAAGCUAUGCAUUUGCUACAAAGAGAGUUCUUUCGCCAAAGCAUAAAAAACUCAUUUCUGAGCCAUUUAUUCCAUUUUUUGAAUUAAAUCAUUCUAAACAAAAGAAAUUCAGACAACACACUUCACUCUCGAAAAACUAAAGUGUUGAAAAAUAAACCCUUCAUAACUUAGAUCAUUUCAAUAAUUCUAAGAAUUAAUUAAUAACAACUCAAGUUAAUUAUCAUAGACAUCUCUUCAGUCCAAGAACAACUAAAAGACAUUUGGAUACAUUUAUGCCAUUUAAAAGAUUAUGA